AUGUUAUCGACGGCUCGUGCCUCAUUACCUCGGGCUUUAGGUUCCAAGACGCCUGUGACUCGUGCACGUUUGGCUGCUAUUUCUUCUGUCGCCGCUCCUAGGUCGUCCACGGGUCUCCGCAAAUCUCUUUUCUCGUCAACCCAGUUGUCCUCCAGCCUUCGCCCUUCUCGUAGCAUGUCAUCUCAUGCAGAGUCUGCUGCGCGACCUGAGCCUGACCAAGUCCUCCAAGACAUUGCCGACUACGUUCACAAUUAUAAGAUCGAUUCUGACUUGGCUUGGGAAACUGCCCGGCUCUGCUUGAUUGACACCAUCGGAUGUGGGUUAGAGGGAUUGAGAUUUGAGGCUUGCGCUCGUCUUCUCGGGCCAGUUGUAGAGGGUACUGUCGUGCCAAACGGCACGAAGGUCCCCGGUACCAACUACCAACUCGAUCCCAUUCGUGGCGCUUUCAACAUCGGCACUCAGAUCCGUUGGCUAGACUUCAACGAUUGUUUUCUUGCUGCCGAGUGGGGUCACCCCUCUGAUAACUUGGGAGCCAUCCUCGCUGUGGCCGACCAUCUUGCGCGGAAGGGCCAGCCUCUGACUGUUCGUGACAUCCUCGAGGGGAUGAUCAAGGCACAUGAGAUUCAGGGAGGACUUGCGCUCUUGAACUCGUUCAACCGAGUUGGACUCGACCACGUUGUCCUCGUGAAGGUUGCCAGCACGGCUGUUGUGUCGAAGUUACUUGGCCUCGACCGCGCACAAACCAUUGAUGCAAUCUCGCAGGCUUGGGCAGACGGGCAGUCGCUCCGCACGUACAGACAUGCACCCAAUACGGGAUCGCGUAAGUCGUGGGCAGCAGGUGACGCAUGUGCGCGCGCCGUCAACAUCGCGUACCUCGUCAAGAAAGGGGAGAAGGGCAUGCCAUCUGUUUUGACUGCGAAGACGUGGGGCUUCUACGACGUGCUGUUCAAGAGCAAGCCCUUCGAGUUCCAGAUGCCGUACUCUUCGUACAUCAUGGAGAACGUGCUCUUUAAGAUUUCAUACCCCGCCGAGUUCCAUGCACAGACUGCUGUGGAGGCUGCACACAUCCUUCACGCAAAGCUGAAGGCGAUGGGCAAGACGAGUGACGACAUCAAAAGCAUCCGGAUCAGAACGCAGGAGGCAGCGAUGCGCAUCAUCAACAAGCGCGGACCCCUGGACAACUUUGCCGACCGAGAUCACGACAUCAACUACAUGGUUGCAUAUCCGCUCAUCUUCGGCGAGUUAACGUCCGAUUCGUACACGGACGCGUCAGCCGCUGACCCGCGCAUCGACGCGCUGCGGGCGAAAAUCACCUGCGUCGAAGAGACGGCGUACAGUGUCGACUACCACGAACCGUCGAAGCGGUCGAUCUCUAACGCACUCCUAAUGGAGCUGAACGACGGCACGGUGCUGGAUGAGGUCGAAGUGCAGUACCCGGUCGGACACAAGCGCAGACGGGCGGAGGGGACGCCACUGCUGCUGCAGAAGUUCAAGAAUCACAUUAGCCCGCACUUUGACGAGGCUCAUCAGAAGAAGAUUUUGGCCGCGGUUAACGACCCGGCGUCGCUAAUUUCCAUGUCUGUAGACAAAUUCACCGAUCUGUUCGUCAAGGCGUGA